UUGAAUUACAGAGGGAGAUCGAGAGAUCAUGAAAAGAUCUACGACAGAAUUCUUCUCCACUUCUCUUCUCCUCUUGUUCUUUCUUACAAAUGGAGUGCUCGGAGGAUCUAAAAAUAAAAGCUGCAAUUCCUCUUGCGGUGUCCUUGUCGAUAUCCACUACCCGUUCCGCCUACAAAGCGACCCAGAGUGGUGCGGUAAGCCAGAGUUUGAGCUCAUCUGUGAAUCAGGAAAAGAUGCAGUCUUGCAUAAGUUGUCAUCUACAGACAAGUACCUGGUCACCGAAAUAUCAUAUAAUCAAUCGCAAUUCAGGCUCGUCUAUGCCGGUUAUGCCACAGGUUCUAAUAAAUGCGUUCUUCCCAGUGCACCCUUCCCCCUAAAUACACUUUUCCGCAGCAAAAUAAUGUUCCUUCGGUUCUUAAUUGAAUUUCAUUACAGUAAUCGUACAAUUGCAGACUGGCUUACACUUAGUCAGAUUGAAAGUUCUUAUGGAAGAUGGGCUAGUUUUAUGAGCUGCAAACAGGAAAUUCAUAGCGAUCUUUACAAGCCCAUCCAUUGUCUUACUGGGGAGAAUAGCUCGACAACAUAUGCCAUCGUUGACUACGAUGCAUAUGCAAUACGCAACCUCAAGAACUCAUGUAGAUUCGUUAACUUAUUUCCAGUUAGCCAAUAUUACAAUUACAGUGACGUGAAUGUAUUUGAACUCCUGGCAGAAGGAGUCUGGAUUGGAUGGGAUUUCACACCCUCUGACAUUUUCGAGUAUUGUUGGAAAAACUUUUGGUCAAGUGUAUAUUAUUCCAGCAUCGAGUCAAAUGUAUAUUAUUCCAGCAUCGAGUCAAAUGUAUAUUAUUACGACAGCAUCGAGAAUUCCCCUUACAGGAUACUUGGGGAUCCCCUCUUUGCCGAAUUACGUCUUUUAGGUUGCGUUUAUAGGGAGGAGAGUUCUCGCAACCAUAAUCACAUUGCCUUCGGUUUUACAGUGAUCUUAGUCCUUGCACUAGAUAUAGCUCUUUGUCUGCUAGUUUUCAGAUUUGUGAUGGCACCUCUAUCAAUUUAUGCAUUCCUCGCAUACAAUUAUUGGAAGACAAUUAGAAAGCCCAUCGACUCAGUUGAAAAGUUUCUGCAAAUCCAGCAAGCUCUAACUCCCACACGCUACGCCUACAGCGACAUCAUAGCCAUGACCAGUCACUUCAGAGAAAAACUAGGCCAAGGCGGCUUUGGUUCAGUGUACAGAGGAUACAUUCUUGGUAAAUUCCCUGUCGCCGUCAAGAUGCUUGUCGGCAGCUCCAAGUUCCACGGCGAAGACUUCAUCAGCGAGGUCUCCACGAUCGGCAGGAUCCACCACAUCAAUGUGGUGCGUUUGGUUGGGUUUUGCUCCGAGGGAUCAAAGAGAGCACUCAUCUACGAGUACAUGCCCAAUGGCUCGCUCGACAAGUACAUCUUCUCUGCCAACAGGGGAAACACGUUCACUGUCGAGAAGCUCCAUGAGGUGGCCCUGGGGAUUGCUAGAGGCAUCAACUACCUCCAUCAGGGCUGCGACAUGCAAAUUUUGCACUUCGACAUCAAGCCCCACAACAUCCUCCUCGAUCGCAACUUCAUUCCCAAGAUUUCAGACUUUGGGCUUGCAAAAUUGUACCCAAAGGACAAGAACUUAAUAUCCAUGAGCGUUACCAGAGGCACGAUAGGAUACAUAGCACCCGAGCUGAUAUCGAGAAAUUUUGGGAUCAUAUCAGACAAGUCGGAUGUCUACAGCUUCGGAAUGCUGCUAAUGGAGAUGGCCGGCGGGAGACAUAAUGUAGAUGUGAGAGCUGACAACACCAGUCAGGUUUAUUAUCCUUCUUGGGUCUACGACAAACUUGUUCAGCUGCAUGUAAGUGAGAGCAGCCAUGAUAUUGAAGAGAUUGUAAUCAGUGAAAUGGAGAGAAAGUUGUCCAUGGUGGGGCUUUGGUGCAUCCAAAUAAAGUCAAGUAGCCGGCCAUCCAUGAGCCGUGUGGUGGAGAUGCUUGAAGGAGACGUGAAUGAGCUACAGUUGCCACCCAAGCCUUUCUUUUCCUCAAUAGAACCAAGUCCGAGAGAAUUAGAAAUAUUCACCUCCGCAAUUUCAUCUUCUGGAGAAGAAGAACUACAUGAACAGCAGCAUACUUUACGUCCCAACUAUUCCGGAUUGCCUUCAUCUUCGAUACAACUAUCUGACAUCUCAGAGCAUUCUUAAACUUAAUAUGUUUUAAAAUUCUGAUUGGUGUUGAUUGGGAUAACCAAAAUAUAUUGUUCCAUUCAGCAAUUUAUGUUACAUUCGG